CCGACAUAUCUCAUAUGGCUCCUCGGUGACAGGAAGGCAGGGCUCUCUGUGGACGAUGAACCGCUACACCAUGCUGAAGCAGCUGGGGGAUGGCACGUAUGGAAGUGUGGUACUGGGCAAGAGCAAUGACACUGGGGAGCUGGUGGCCAUAAAGAGGAUGAAGAGGAAGUUUUAUUCUUGGGAUGAGUGCCUGAAUCUAAGAGAGGUGAAGUCACUAAAGAAGCUGAACCAUGCCAAUGUGGUGAAACUGAGAGAAGUCAUCAGAGAAAACGACUAUCUCUACUUUGUCUUUGAGUACAUGAAAGAAAACCUCUAUCAGCUCAUGAAAGAAAGAGAAGAUAAGAUGUUUUCUGAAAAUGAGAUAAGGAACAUUCUGUUCCAAGUGUUGUCUGGCUUAGCAUUCGUGCACAAGCACGGGUAUUUCCAUCGUGAUAUGAAACCAGAGAACUUGCUCUGCAUGGGCCCAGAGCUGGUUAAGAUCGCUGAUUUUGGACUUGCCAGAGAAAUACGCUCACAGCCACCGUACACUGAUUACGUGUCUACAAGAUGGUACCGAGCCCCAGAGGUUCUACUAAAAUCUAACUCCUACAGCUCACCCAUUGACAUCUGGGCUGUGGGAUGCAUCAUGGCGGAGCUUUACACACUUAGACCUCUAUUCCCCGGCAACAGCGAGGUGGACGAAAUCUUCAAGAUCUGUCAGGUGCUGGGAACGCUGAAGAAGUCAGCCUGGCCUGAGGGCUUCAACCUGGCCACCUCGAUGAACUUCCGCUUCCCAAAGUGCGUCGCCACCAGCCUCAGAUCCCUGAUCCCUAACGCCAGCAACGAGGCGAUCACACUGAUGAAAGACAUGCUGCAGUGGGAUCCUGAGAAAAGACCAAGUGCUGCUCAGGCUCUACGGUAUCCAUACUUCCAUGUCGGCCAGGCGCUUGGUGCUCCUCUGAUGUAUUUGGAGCAGCACAAGGCUCAGACAAAGAUGUCCGAGGCAGCCGCAGAAACAAAGCCCCUGUCCCUCUGUAAGAUGGACCCAGAGUUUGGUGAGCCAAGUAGGACACAGCUCUGCAGCCAAACUUCUCACCAGCCCCUUCAGCAGAUCCUUCUACCUCAGGACAACAUGGAGCCAAGCACAAAACAAGCACUGUGUUCCAGCACGCUGACAGAGGGGCAACAGGAACCUCUCAGCCUGGUGAAAAACAGGCAACCGCCUACAAGAGCAGCACCCACAGGAGCAGAGAACAGCAUAUCUAGGGUGAGGACAGGACGUCGAAGAUGGGGCCAGACGUCUUUCAAAUCCGUCGACAGCUGGGACGAUAGUGAAGACACAGACACUGGAGUCUCCAUCUCCAAAAAACCUACCAUCAGCUCUGUGAAGGACAGGGCACUGGGCGGGCCCAGCUGUCGAUUUCCAGAGUCAAAGAGCAACACAGGAGCAAAGGUGCCGAGCAGCAGCGGGCUGAACAGAGCUGACUCCACCUUGUCUGCCAAGCAGCACUACCUCCGCCAGUCCAGAUAUCUGCCUGGCAUAAAUCCUAAAAACAACUCAUCAGUAGGACGUCAGGCAGUCGGCAGAAACCUGUGGGGCAGCUCGUCUUUAACCAGAGGAAAGGUGCCGGAGUUUCCACUGGAUAAAGACAAUAGUCUUUCUAAACCACCAGAUAAACGGCCUCUGAAAGAAAAGACCCUGGAGGAUCUUGAUCUCUCCAAAGACUCCUUCAUGAGCAACUCCAACCACCCAAACAAGACACACACGUCAUCGUUUCAGAAGACUGAAACAGGAGCAGCUCGACAGAGGGUUACACUGGCACCAAUAGGAGGGACCUCUGCUGUUGACCUGAGAGUUGAGUCUAAAAUCAAAUCAUCCAAGAGCAAGACCUCCUCAAAUAAACUGUCACUCUCAAAUGAAGAAUACGAAGGGUGGAAGAGCAGAUCUCUGAAUCCUCACAUCAUGGGGCCCAGCGCUACAGGGAGGAACACGUUUCCAAGGAGCACAAACAUCCAACCAGUGCACGGACGGGUGGACUGGACUGCCAAAUACGGAGGCCACCAGUAGCACAGCAGUCUGCUCUGCUCCACCAGUGACUCAUGGGAAAAAGAUCCCACUACACUUUUGCCAGGAAAGACAGACUUCAGAGAAGUGUUUCCUGCUAGUCUGUCGUUACAUUUGUUAUGCUAUUUAUAUUGUUUAAGUGUCUCAUAAAUUCUACUGUCAGAAUUUUUUUAAAUAAUAGAGUAAAAAA